UUUGGAUCUGACGUCAUUUGUCGCUUGUGUUUUUUUUUUUAUGAAUGAAAGAAUCCAGCCUUCAGAGAAAAGCGGAGUAAAUUCCGGGAAAAGGAACGUUGAACGUUUCGUCGCCCGAGUGUUUUCGACACCCGCAGACGCUCUGCCGGUUUUGGACGGAGGAUAUAAACUGAAGAGGCACGAGACAUGACAACAGAAAUAAACAGCAAAGCCUUGAAGGUGAAGCAGGAAUGUGGUGAGAAUGUGCCCUUCCUGUCGGACAGCGAGCUCAUGUCGCUCUCCGUGCGUGAGCUGAACCUCCACCUCCGCGGGCUUUCCCGGGAGGAGAUCCAGAAGCUGAAACAGCGCCGCCGCACCUUGAAGAACCGAGGCUACGCCGCCAGCUGCCGGGUGAAGCGCGUCUCCCAGCGCGAGGCGCUCGAGCAGCAAAAGCAGGAGCUCCAGAGGGAGGUGGAGAGGCUCGGGGCGGAGAACGCCGGUAUGAGGAAAGAGCUGGAGGGCCUCGGCGCCCGCCUGGCUGCCCUGCAGAGGUUCGCAAGAAGCCUCGAGGUUGGAGGGGGCAACCUGCUGGCCACCGCCCCACGCCUCAACACCGCCUCAGUUAUUACCAUCGUGAAGAGUCCACAGCAGCCGCAGACUCAGCGAGAACCGUCGUAGAAGGAGGUUCUGCAGCUGGACUGGGGAGGGACACGAGUUGCAGUGCAGACAGACAUGUCACCACGGCAACAGGAAAGCGCUACACACUCCUCUGCAUCACGCCUCGUUCACAUUAACACACACCAGUCAGAGUGGCUCUACAGUGAUGCCACCUGGUGGACAAUAGUUGCAUUCAUUCUUCAGAACUGAAGACCAAAGGUUUGAAUCUGAUCCUGAAGAGACCCGUGUAAACCCCGGUAUGAACCCAGUGCGCAAAAACAGGUUUGACGUGAAAAGGACUAGAGGGUAAAAAAAAAAAAAAGACAAUCCAGAACAAAAACACAGCAUCAUGGAACAAAACUAGCACAAAUAAUCAUCAUGUAAAAAGGCCGUCUGACAACACAAAUAUUUGAAUAUUUUAAUGAUCAGUUUUGUUUAACGAUUGGGGAGGAGGAAACUUGAAACUUGUUUUGGCAGAUUGUUUUAACCAGCUAUCUUUUUAACUGGCUUUAAAAGUAGAAUUAAAACAUCUUAAACUGCUUUUAAUGGGAUUAAAUAUGAGACAAUCUGAUUUUAAAGUGGUUUAGCUUCAGGAUGAGCAGAUUUACAGUGUUUUUAAUGGAUUUGUGGACUGGUUUUAUUCCAAUCUAAAUCAACAGUAGACUGGUUUAAAUGGUCUAAAUAUACCAUUAUUAUUAUUGGUCAAAAUGGAAUGGGACCUUUGUUAGCAUCUGAAAAAAUCCAUAGUCAAGGUCCAAUCCCUCAAGGGCUGGACAUCAAAGACAAUUAGUGUGUUUUUUUUUUUUUUUUUUUUUUUUAAGAAAUUUGCUCACACACAAAGAGACAAAGAACCUGAACCUUCAAAUCCAAAAUGUUUUACAUUAUGAAAGUAAAUUCAAGAAGAACAGAUGUUUCCAGUAAAAGUUAUGUCCUUUAUUGUGCAGAUUGUUUAUGUACCUAAAAUUUGUGAAAAGUUUGAGAUUCCUGAUGCACUCCAGCGCUGAUCUACCAUCUCAGCUGGAGACUUUAAAAGUGCCCCCCCCCCCCCCCCAAAAAAAAAAUUAAUGACGUCAUAGUUAAAGAUGAAAGCCGUUUUUACUCAGUGUAUUUCAACUGUCGUUUGUAAACUGAUUCAGAAAUGCAGCAGGUUUAAUGUGAACGAGGCGUGGAUGAGCUGACGAGGAACCAGUUAGUGCACACAAACAUGCACAAAACCCUCAUUCAUUCACUCACAAAGUCUCCACCGACUAACUGAAGUCAGACGAGGAAACCGCUUGAGCUCACGGCGCUACGCUAAGUGUCGGGAUCGAGCGAAUGGUCUCUGGAUUAUUAAUGUGCUCGGCGUCUGAAGGUGUUCUGUGCGUCUCCGAGUUUUGAUUUUUUUUUUUUUUAUAUUUAAAAUGCGUUAAAGGCUGCGGCAUACUUCACACACUGGCAGAAUGUGGGAGGGAGAGGCGUGGCCAACUAACUGACAUUCAAAGAAGCGCUCAAGCCUCUUGUACUAACUGCUCAGAUGUGCGACAAAUCGUGAACUCGAUUACACAAUUUGUCUUCGGAAACAAUGAAAAGUGGAUCACAAUGAGGAUAAAUUUGACACACUUCACAAGUGUCCUCGUAUAAUCUGAUUCUUUUCACAAGGACGGGAUGCGUUUUUCCACCCCGAACUGUGUAAAUGUGUGAAAAGGGGAAACUUAUUUUUUUUUAUGAUUUGAUGUGCAGGGGUCAUGUGACCCCUGCCCGAAGGGCGUCGCAGCCUUUAGAUAAAGUGUAGUGUUUUGCCACCUGCGAUCAGUUAUCUCCUUGAAUAUCGACCCAUUCAGAGUCACAUGACAUCAACAGUGCAGAAGCUCUGCAGCAGUUUGUGACAUUUUGACUCGCGAGAAAGUAUCGGUCAGAUUUCUCACUGAACGUGGUGCCUUCAAUAUAUCAUGUUACAAAAAUGCAAACUCGUCUUUCCAAAUAAUCCACCUCUGCUCCUUUCAGUAUCAUCGCUCUGUAACGAGUCUGCAGCAGCUUUCUUUUUUUUUUUUUUUUUUUUUUUUUAUAUAUAUAUAUAUAUCUGAUCGACUCCCAACAUCCAUGUUGGUCAGUUUACAAAAAAGAAGGAAUGUCGAAGCAGAGUUGCAUCUGCUAAGAAUGACACUGGAUGCUAACUCUCUGUGGGCGUUCCUUUUGUUUUAUUUGUAACGUUUUUAUGUGCUGUUGAGACAAAAUAGACAUUUAUCAGAGAUAUAUAUUCUAUAUUUUAUUUGUAUUUAAAAGUAGAUAUUAUGAAGACAAGCUAACGAGUGCUGUGACGUUAUACGUGUUCAGACGUACUUAUGACUAGUUUGUGGGGAAAUUCUCCCGUCUAAUUAUUGUGUGCUGAUGACGAUGAUUAGCUUAAAUAUGUGGAAGAUUAAUUGUGUAGAAAUGCGCUCAAAGGUCACGUGGUGAUUUUUAUGUGUUGUCAUGUUUGUAUUAGGAGUGUAACAAUACGCCCAACGCAAAAUGAUAUGCCCGGCGAUCUUAAAUAUAUGUAUCGUGAUAUGCCACACAUUACGAUAAGUAUCACGAUAUGCCACCACACUUUGAUGUCACGAUAUCUAUCAUGAUGCACCCAUCGCGACAGGGCACACAUUGUGAUACAAUGUCACGAUACACCCAUCAUGAUAUGGCGCCAUGCUUCAAUAUCACAAAAUGUACUUGUUCACACCCAUCGCAAUAUGGCACACGUUACAAUAUGGUAUCAAUAUGCCAUCGCACUUCAAUAUCAUGACAUACCCAUUGCGAUACGGCACACAUUACAAUAUGGUAUAAUAUGCCAUCGCACUUCAAUAUCAUGAUACACCCAACACGAUGAUGCAUAUAUAGCAGUACGGUAUCACGAUAUGUAUCAUGACACACCCAUCGUGAUAUGGCACACAUUACGAUACGGUAUCAUGAUCUGCAUCUUGAUACACCCAUUACCAUAGGGCACACAUUAUGAUACAAUAUCAAGAUAUGCCAUUAGAUAUCACGAUACAUCGUGAUACACACGUUGUUAUACAGCACACAUUACGAUAUCACGUAUGCCAUCAUACGUUGAUAUCACGAUACAUCGUGAUAGAAUAUUCCGAUAUGCCAUCACACUUCAUUAUCACGAUACAUUGUGAUAACGAAUAUGAGACACAUUAAGAUAAGGUGUCAUCAUAUGCAUCACAAUACACCCAUUAUGGUGCAGCACAUAUUACAAUACAGUAUCACGGUGCACAUUUUGAUACACCCAUCACAAUAUGCCACACAUUACGAUACGUAUUCACAAUACGCCUACUGACACCAAUUAUGCAAUUAUUAAACAGAACAAAUAAUUCUGUAUAGCUUGUAGUCCCAAAUGUUACUGGUUUUUUGUUUGCACAUUUUUAUAAAUCACAUCCUUUUUUUAUCAUAUGUUCUUCCAUUAUAACAAUAUCAUGAUACAGAUCUCAGAACUUAAUACGAUUCAAUACAGGCUCAAGGAUGCGAUUAUCAUUAUGUAGGACGUAUUGUUACACUCUUAUCUUGUAAUAAUUCCUGGAUUCUUGGAGGGACAUUAUUUUUGACGAUAUGUUGUGUUGCUGCAUGUUGAAGGAAAACUGUAAAAUUGUCUGACAGGGAGAGGAGGAGUCUGAGGAAACGUGUAACGGUGGAAACAGGAAGUUGGCAAGUGGACAGAGAAAGAAGGUAGAAAUGUGUCGUUUGAUUCAUCACUUGAAAACAGUCAUAGGCCAAGAAGUUCUAACUCAGCUCCAACAGGCUUAGAAUUAAACAGUGUGAGCAAUAUUGUUGUACAUAAAGAGACAGAUUGUGUUUAUUUAUCGACGGGAAUAUCAGCCUGGCAAACAUGUAUUCUCUAUAGUUUGUCACAUCUGUCAAAUAGUGCUGGAUGUUUUGUAACCUGCAAAACAAAGAUGGUCUUUGUAUUUAUUACCUGUAUUUUUUCUAUUGUGAAAAUUAAGUAUAUUGUCUAUUUUAUAUAUUAAUUAUAAUAAAUGUUGUACAUAUUGUACAUAAAAUGG